AUGGCUGACGCUGGUUUGGGCUCUUCGGCGGUGACCUGCGGUCCGCUCUGGUCUCACGAAUGUGGAAGUUCCCUGUACAGCACUGGGAUCUGCUCCAGAGUCGGCCGAAACUUCAAGCUGUCCAACACCAUCGCACCUGCCCUGCAGAGGUGUGAGACCUUCAUGGACAUUGUGAUUGUUCUGGAUGGUUCCAACUCCAUCUACCCCUGGUAUGAAGUUCAAGACUUCCUCAUAAACAUCCUGCACAAGUUCUACAUCGGACCAGGUCAGACACAGGUGGGAGUCAUUCAGUACGGCUCUUCGGUUGUCCACGAGUUCACACUGGAUGAGUAUCAGACGGUGGAGGACGUAGUGGACGCUGCCAGGCGCAUCGACCAAAGAGGUGGUGAGGAAACGAGGACGGCAUUGGGAAUCAACGUGGCCCGGGAAAAUCGUAUCCCAGCGUCAGGGAGUGAAAAUGAUGGUGUUCUUCUCGGAGCGGUGGGCGCCUAUGACUGGAAUGGUGCCGUGCUGAAAGAAAGCAAACACGGGAAAGUUGUUCCACCGAAAUCAUCCUACCAGGAUGAGUUUCCAGAGGAGCUGAAGAACCAUGCAGCCUAUCUGGGGUACUCGGUGGGUUCACUCAUUUCAUCCCGCGGGUCUCAGCUUUAUGUAGCUGGAGCUCCAAGAUUCAACCACACUGGAAAGGUGAUCAUAUUCACCCUGAAGAACAGCGGAGACCUGACCAUCUGGCAUGCACUGCUGGGAGAGCAGAUUGGGUCAUACUUUGGCAGUGAGUUGCUAUCGAUGGACAUUGACAGUGAUGGACAGACUGAUGUCCUCCUGGUGGCAGCACCCAUGUACUACAGCCAUGGCUGGGAGAGAGGCAAGGUUUACAUCUACUCUGUUACACCGCAGACGUCGUUUGUCCUGCAGGGGGUGCUGGAAGUGUCUGAACACUCCCAAAACUCCCGUCUGGGCUCAGCGUUGGCUCAGGUACCUGACAUGAAUGGAGACGGGUUCAAAGAGCUUGUUGUGGGAGCACCACUGGAGGAUGACCACCAGGGGGCAGUCUACGUCUUCCAUGGCAAAGACAAAACCAUCCAGCUUCAGUACAGACAGCGUCUGUCUGCGGCUGGUUUUUCUGCAGGUCUUCAGUAUUUUGGCCAAAGCCUUCAUGGCGUCUUGGACAUCAAUGCAGACGGACUUGUCGACCUCGCAGUGGGAGCGCUGGGAGCUGCUGUCAUUGUCUGGUCUCGUGGUGUGGUGCAGAUUCAGGCUAAACUAACCUUUGAACCCGAGAAGGUCAACAUCUUUAACAAGGACUGCCAGCGAGGAGGGAAGGAGGUCACCUGCAUGUCCGUGACCGUCUGUCUGAGUCUGGACUUCAGGACGAAGACCAGGACGAAGACCAGGAAAGAUGUUGCGGUCUGGUACAGUCUGCUGUUGGAUGAGAGGCGUUUCCCUCCCCGGGCAGUGCUGGACGAAUCGGAUCGGCAGCAGCCCCGAAGUUUGCUUCUGCAGACAGGAAGUCAGAAAUGCCAACGCCUUGGCUUCUCCGUCCAGGAGACGACAGAUUACGGGCGUCCCAUAGUUGUCGUCCUGGAGACGGGAUUGCAGAACCCAGACGAGGGGCCGGUGUUGGACCCGGACUGGCAGAGCACCCAAAGAACCGAGCUUCACUUCUGGAACGGAUGUGAACAGGAAGACACCUGUGUUCCUGACCUCAUCCUCCAUAGUCACACCGACCUGAUGAGUGCUCAGCAGUUCUGCAGGUUGAACAGACGGGCUGCCAGCUCCAUCUGCAGCCACCAGGGGGUGCCUGAGAAGCAGCCGUUUGUCGUGGAGUCUGAGCGAAGGAGGAUGGUGGUGUUUGCCCGACUGGAGAACCAGGGAGAGAACGCAUACGGCGCUGCCAUCCACAUCUCCACCUCCUCCAACCUGAUCUUCUCCAGCCUCUUAGUGAAGGACCAAUCAGAUAUCCAGAUUGAGUGCUCCUCUGAGGACAGACUGGCGACCCGGAGGAUCUGCAACAUCAGCGCGCCAUUCAUGAAGUCGCUGUCUCAGGUAACUUUCAAUGUGGAGUUUGAGUUCAGCCGCUACAUCUUCCUGGAUUACGUACAUGUCGUCAUGGUAACUACCAGUGAGGGGGACGAGGGUUACCCGGACGACAACACCAAUGACAUCUUCCUCGCCCUGAAAUACCAAACUGAGCUCCUCUUCACCAGAGACCCCUACCCUCCUCGUUUUGUAAUCAGAGCUGACUCCUCCUCCUCUUCGUCCUGGGACCAAUCAGACAGCAGCUCUCACACCUUCAACCUCUCCUAUUACAUCCAGAACCUGGGCCUGUUCGCGGUGCAGGACGUCCUGUUCAGGGCUGAUAUCUGGGCUGUGACCACGAGAGGAAACCAGCUGCUGAACAUUACAGACGUCAGCAUCGAACAGGCAGCGGGAUCCCACUGCACGCUGCCUCACGUUAGGAUGAGCAGUCCUGUCACACCUGAGGAUCUGACUCACCUGUCACAGCUGAACCACAGUAACAGCGUGAACAUGGAGGUGCGGUGCCAACUGAACCUCCCGCCCUCCCGAGAGGUGAAGGUGACGCUCACAGGAAGCCUUCAGCUCGCCGCUCUGCUCGCCGUGAAGUUCAGGUCUCUGGAGCUGCUGACCGCCGCCUCCAUCCAGCUGGAAGCGUCUAGUCCCGCUUUCCUCCAGGAGGACCGACCUGUCAGACAGAUCAUUCUGGACCUGAGGAAGGAGGAGGAUCACUCCAUCCCCAUCUGGAUCAUAGUGGGAAGCUCACUGGGAGGUUUGCUGCUGCUGGCCUUACUGGUCCUCGCUCUGUGGAAGCUCGGCUUCUUUAACAGACGGAGAAGAAAGGAGGAAGAGGAGCAGCCUGUGGCCAAUGGGAAGACAGCACAGGAGCUAUAACGUGGCUGACAUCACCGCCGCAUCAUUCCUCGCCGGCCUGCAAAGUCUUAAAUUAAUGUUCCCGAUGAAAUUGAACCUGAAAGACACUGAGAAAAUCUGACGACCUCACAUGGUCACCUGAACGCAUCACGUGCCUCCACCCGUCACUCAGGGACUGCGACCCUCACCUUAAACCCGCCUCUUCGUCCACGCGACUUUCAUCGAUCCUCCCCACAGACUGUAUAUAAAAGACGGAGUCAGCAUUAGAAAUAUCGGGGGUUGAGGAUUCUUCAGCGUCGCCGACGUCGGCCGUUCAUGUGAGAACUUCACAGGUGUGACGGAGGCGUCGUGAUAGAGGAGAGCGAUGGAGUAAAUAUUUAGACGGAGGCUGACGGGGCAGAAAGCAAACUACCUAACAUUCGUCUGAUUUCAUCUUAAAUUGUAAAUAGAUCCUAUUAAUUCUUAUAUAUUGUAGCUGAUGCACUUUUGUUUAAAAGUCAAACUUGAACUUGUGUAAAUAUUCACACGUAUGACGAAUGAGGACCGAGGCGUUACCGUGGAAGCGGUUACCGUGGAAGCGGUUACCGUGGAAGCGGUUUCCGCUCUGCCUGUUAAUGUCAGAAUAAAGAUGAGAAAU